AUGGUGGCCGCCAUCCGCUCCCUGCUAGCGCUGCUGCUGUACCAGGUGCUGCUGGGCGGCUCGGCCGGGCUCAUCCCGGAGGUGGGCCGGCGGCGCUUCAGCGACUCGGGCCGCGCCGCCCCGCAGGAGCUCCUGAGCGAGUUCGAGCUGCGCCUGCUCAACAUGUUCGGGCUGAAGCGGCGGCCGAGCCCCAGCAAGAACGCCGUCAUCCCGCCCUACAUGCUGGACCUCUACCGCCUGCAGGCCGGCCAGCAGCUGGGCCACUCCGCCCCGGGCUACCCGCUGGAGAGAGCCGCCAGCCGCGCCAACACGGUCCGGAGCUUCCACCACGAAGAAGCUUGGGAAGAACUCCCAGAAGCAAGUGGGAAAACAGCACGGCGCUUCUUCUUUAAUUUAACUUCCAUCCCUAACGAGGAGUUUCUCACCUCGGCUGAACUUCAGAUUUUUCGGGAGCAAGUGCAGGAAACCUUUGAGAACAAUAGCAGCUACCAUCAUCGUAUUAAUAUUUAUGAAAUUAUAAAGCCAGCCACAGCCACUUCUAAGGACCCUGCCGCAAGACUUUUGGACACCAGGUUGGUGCAUCAGAAUGCAAGUAAAUGGGAAAGCUUUGAUGUAACACCAGCUGUAAUGAGGUGGAUUGCACAUAGACAGCCUAAUCAUGGGUUUAUAGUAGAGGUGGUUCACUUGGACAAUGAGAGCAGUGUUUCCAAGAGGCACGUUAGGAUUAGCAGGUCUUUGCAUCAGGAUGAAGAUAGCUGGUCUCAGCUCCGGCCGUUGUUAGUAACUUUCGGCCAUGAUGGCAAGGGACACUCUCUCCAUAAAAGAGAGAAACGCCAAGCAAAACACAAACAGCGCAAACGCCACAAAUCCAGUUGCAAAAGACAUCCUUUGUAUGUGGACUUCAAUGAUGUGGGGUGGAAUGACUGGAUUGUUGCCCCACCAGGAUAUGGUGCCUUUUACUGCCAUGGGGAAUGCCCUUUUCCAUUGGCAGAUCACCUAAACACAACAAACCAUGCCAUUGUUCAGACUUUGGUCAACUCCGUGAAUUCCAAAAUCCCUAAGGCUUGCUGUGUUCCGACAGAACUGAGCGCUAUUUCCAUGCUCUAUCUUGACGAGAACGAAAAAGUUGUAUUAAAGAACUAUCAAGAUAUGGUUGUGGAGGGUUGUGGGUGCCGCUAACUAUAUUAGACAAAUACAAAAAAAGCUGACACUUUAAUAUUUCCCAAUGAAGACUUUAUUUAUGUAAUGAAAUGGAAAGAAAAAAAUACAACUAUUUUGAAAAUUAUAUUUAUGUCCACAAAAAGUUUGGGAAAACAAAUAUUUUAAUCAGAGAAUUAUUCCUUUAAAGAUUUUAAAUGUAUUUUAGUUGUACAUUUUAUAUGGGUUUAAUCCCAGCACAUGAAGUAUAAUGGUCAGAAUCUUAUUUUGUAUUUAUUUACUAUUAUAACCACUUUUUAGAAGAAUAGCUAAUUUGUAUUUAUAUGUAAUCAAAAGAAAAAAAAUAUAGGGUUUGUACAUAAUUUUCCUAAAGUGUAGCUGUUUUAAUUGUGUGUAUUUAAAUUGAAAAGAAUACAUGGAAGGUUACUAUGGCAAAGUGCAUAGCACAUUUGCUUUCUGCUGUGCUACUGUUAAGGUCACAAGUUCAAGUCCAGAAAAAAGUGGAUAAUCCACUCUGCUGACUUUCAAGAUU